AUGAUUGUCGAUAUAAAAAGAUCUUAUCGUAUCGCAGCUCAUAGUCUGCAGAUGUGUUCCAACAACCUGGAUUCAUCAAAAACUGGAGUUCCAAGACUGGCUCAAUUGGUCACUAGUGGACUUAAUGAUCUUCAUGGAGUGAUCGACAAGGACCAAGAAAUAAACAGCUCGAAAGGACUUUCCAAACAAAAGGCGCGAACUGCACGAGCUAGGCGAAGUAUCCUACAACUGGCUAAUGUAUUACAUUGCGUUACAGGAUGUAACCCUUUGACUUACAAAGGCUACGGGUGUUACUGUGGUUACAUGGGUGAAGGAGAACCAGUGGAUGAAAUCGAUAGAUGCUGCCUAGAACACGACUGGUGUUAUACUUACUCUGACUGUCCGCAACUGUUGAUAUAUUUCGUGUCUUACCGAUUUGAAUGCGUCGCUCCUGGAUAUGCCCAUUGUGAGAAUGACCACUCCAUGUCCACCGACUGUGCUGCUCAACUCUGUGAAUGUGACAGAGUUUUUGCUCAUUGUGUGAGUAAAUAUUCCUGUCCCUCGCAUCGUGCGACCUGUUUGUCUUAAUCGUCAUCACUGUGUGAGUAAGUAUUCUUGUAUCAUGGGACCUGUUUGUCUUAACGGUCAUCACUGAGUAAGUAUUCUUGUAUCGUGCGACCUGUUUGUCUUAACCGUCAUUACUGAGGAGGAUAUUCUUCAACCUGGUUCAAGAUCAGGGG